AUCGUUUUCUCCGAUUCCUGAAUAAUUCCCUUCCGAUUCCAAAAUCCCCAAACCUCAUCGACUCCACCAUCUCCCGGAUUCGGAUUCGAAAAUCAUGCCCAUGGAGAACGACAAUGGCCACGUUGGCAACGUCGUCGUCACCGCUGAGCAAGCCACCAAGAUUAACGAGACUGAUGGACGGUUACCGGAGAAUCGGCAGACCGGUGUUGUAUCAGACACCGGAAGUGGUAGCGAUAGAGGAGAGCAAGGGGAAGGAGAGACGGCAGUGCCGGUGCCGGUGACGGUGGAGGAGAGCGGAUCGAUUUUGGUGGGAGAGCUACCUGCUCCCCGAUCUUCCUCCGCUAGAGUUCCGUUCACUAAUCUAAGCCAAAUUGAUGCAGAUCUUGCUCUUGCUCGCACACUCCAAGAACAGGAGCGGGCGUAUAUGAUGCUGACCAUGAAUAGUGAAAUCAGUGACUAUGGGAGCUGGGAAACUGGAAGCUAUGUAUACGAUGAGGAUGAGUUUGAUGACCCUGAGAAUGAGGAUGAGGAUGACGAUGAAGACGAAUAUGAAACAGAUGAUGAUCCUCAGGAAGAUGUGCCCGAUGCCAAUGUGCACACUAAUGAAGAUGAUCAAGAAGAUGACGGCAACUCUGACAUCGAAGAAGUUGCUUAUUCAGAUGAUGAGGCCUAUGCUAGAGCUCUUCAAGAAGCUGAAGAAAGGGAUAUGGCAGCUAGAUUGUCUGCCUUAUCUGGGUUAGCAAAUCGGGUGGUUGAAGAUCUAGAGGAUGACAGUCAUACUUCUCAGGAUGCCUGGGAUGAGAUGGAUCCUGAUGAGCUUUCUUAUGAGGAGUUGCUUGCACUUGGCGACAUUGUGGGAACCGAAAGUAGAGGAUUGUCUGCUGAUACAAUUGCAUCUUUGCCUUCAAAAAGAUAUAAAGAAGGAGACAAUCAGAACGGAACCAAUGAGUCAUGUGUUAUAUGUCGUUUAGACUAUGAGGAUGACGAAGACCUGAUACUGCUCCCAUGCAAACAUUCUUACCACUCGGAGUGCAUAAACAACUGGUUGAAGAUAAACAAGGUUUGCCCCGUAUGCAGUGCAGAAGUUUCAACUUCCACCUCUGGACAAGGCUGAUGAGAGCAAAGGAAGAAAGAUUCAGAAAGAAUCAUAAGCUAAGAACUUCAAAACCUUAGCUGUCUGUUUGUACACUUUUUAUAAACAAAAUAUCAUCAG